AUGCAGAUACUCGGCAAGUGGUGCGAGCAGUGCAUUGAGCUGCAGGGAGCUUUUGGCUUCUUUGACGUCGAUUCGAAAACAGAGGAGGGUAGGGAGAGGCUCGGGGUGGUCCUGGAUGACAAGGGACGGGUCGCGGUCCUCGAAUGGAAUGAAAAAAAAUUGGCGUCUUUGUCGCCGGCUCCUGCAGACCUCGGGCGGCUCAACGCACUGUGGGGAUUGAACCUCCGGAAUAACGAACUGACUGAGUUGCCUGAGGGUAUUUCGGGGCUCACCUCGCUGACGGAUUUGUUCCUCUCUGACAACAAGCUGACGAGCGUGCCGGCGGAGAUUGGGCAGCUCGCGUCGCUGAAAGAUUUACGCAUCACUAACAAUGAGCUGGAAGACCUACCAGGAAAGAUCAUCGGGCGGCUCACCUCGCUGACGGGGUUGAACCUCAGCGACAAUCGGCUGACGAGCGUGCCGGCGGAGAUCGGGCGGCUCACCUCGCUGACGGGGUUGGGCCUUGACGGCAACAAGCUGACGAGCGUGCCGGCGGAGAUCGGGCGGCUCACCUCGCUGACGGUGUUGCGCCUUGACGGCAAUCGGCUGACGAGCGUGCCGGCGGAGAUCGGGCGGCUCACCUCGCUCACGUAUUUGCGCCUCUCUGGCAACAAGCUGACGAGCGUGCCGGCGGAGAUCGGGCGGCUCACCUCGCUGACGGGGUUGGGCCUUGACGGCAACAAGCUGACGAGCGUGCCGGCGGAGAUCGGGCGGCUCACCUCGCUGACGGUGUUGCGCCUUGACGGCAAUCGGCUGACGAGCGUGCCGGCGGAGAUUGGGCAGCUUACGGCGCUGGAGGGGUUGUUCCUUGACGGCAACAAGCUGACGAGCGUGCCGGCGGAGAUCGGGCGGCUCACGUCGCUGCACGCGUUGUUCCUCUCUGACAACAAGCUGACGAGCGUGCCGGCGGAGAUUGGGCGGCUCACCUCGCUGAGGGAGUUUACCCUCCACAACAACAAGCUGACGAGCGUGCCGGCGGAGAUCUGGCGGCUUCGUGAACGCGGUUACGCGUAUCUUGACGAGGGCGUGACGAUUGAGGGUGAGAACUUCACCACAGAUUCGAGCUCGUCCUCGGGCUCGUCCUCGGGCUCGUCCUCGGCCUCAAGGGCCUCAUCAGAAUUUACAGACUCCGAUUAUUAG